UGCUAUGCUGGGUGGAUCUCUACGCAAUCAAUCGCAUUAUCCCAAACCAGGGAAAAAAGUAAGUUAUAAAAUAUUCCUCUCUGUCUCUCUCUCUCUCUCUCAACAGAAAGAAAGAAAUUUCUAUACCAUGCCGUUCCAAUUCGGUUUUCUCCGCCCCAACCUCUCCCUCCAAAAAAAGGACUGAAAGCUCUCUCCCCAAAAUUAGAUAUUCUCAUCCUUUUUCAGCUCUCCCAGUCCCUCCAGAAGGGCAGAAUGGGAAACUCAGGGAGCAGCGGCAAUCACAGCCGUCGACGGGCCUCAAACCCUACCGACGGCUAUCCUCCUUCCCCUUCCACACAGCCAUCCCCUCCGGUCCCAUCGCCAACUGAAAUCAAUGGCAAUCGCUACGUCUUCGCCGCAGCCACGCCCUACCCGCCUCAGUACCCUAACCCGCCGCAAUUCUACCCGUACUCGGGCUACUUCCGUCCACCACCGCACCAUGUCCCACUGCCUGCUCCCUUUGAUCAUCACCACCGUAGUAGUGGUGGGCCCCGCACCUUCCCGUACACGUGCGGCAUGGUCCAGCCGGCUCCUGCCCCAUUCGUCGAGCAUCAGAAGGCUGUGACGAUCCGUAACGAUGUCAAUCUCAAGAAGGAGACUUUGAGGGUUGAGCCCGAUGAGGAGAAUCCUGGGAAGUUCCUUGUUGCUUUCACGUUCGACGCCACCGUUGAUGGAAGUGUCACUGUCAUCUUCUUUGCAAAAGAAGGCGCUGCAUGCAACUUGACACCAAUGAAGGAAAGCUUGAAAUCCAUCACAGUACCUUUCAAACAAGGCUUAGGGCAGAAGUUCAGGCAACCUUCUGGAACUGGGAUCGACUUCUCAUUGUUCGAGGAGUUGGAGUUGCUGAAAGAGGGAGAUAUGGAAGUCUAUCCCCUUGCAGUAAAGGCAGAAGCAUCUCCAUCUGAGGAUAAUGUGGCCAGAAAUCUGACGCCAGGAACUCUUAAUUCUCAAAUCACUCAGGCUGUGUUUGAGAUGAAGGAGAAAGGUGAGUAUCAGGUGAGGGUAGUGAAGCAGAUCUUGUGGGUGGAGGGCAUGAGAUACGAGCUGCAGGAGAUCUACGGGAUUGGUAAUACAGUCAGCAGCAACUUUGAUGAGAAUGAUCCAGGGAAAGAGUGUGUUAUCUGCCUUUCAGAACCACGGGAUACAACUGUUCUCCCUUGCCGACAUAUGUGUAUGUGCAGUGGUUGUGCAGAGCUUCUGAGGUUCCAGACGAACCGAUGUCCAAUAUGCCGGCAACCCGUUGAGCGGCUCUUGGAGAUCAAGGUGAACGAGAACGAUAAACCCGAAGAGUGAGAGGCGUUUCACAGGCACUUGUUGGAAAGUUUCAUGCCUUUCAAUAAUCUCAGGCAGGUGUUGCGGAUAUGCAUUUUCGAGACUUCACCUUGGUUCCAAUACUACAGACAUUGGCUCAAGAAUGCUGUAGCCAAACUCAUGAUCUGCAGCACAGGUGCACGCAUAAGGGUGGUAUGUGGUUCUUUUAAGUUUACUGCAACAUAUAGUACAGAUUGUUGAUUUAUAGAAGCUGUGCAUAUAAUACAUAAAUAGAUGAAUUCGGCCUGACCUUA